AUGCACCUGAUAAGAUCAAAGACCGACAGAGUGCUACGUGACUACCUCAUUCCUCUGCCGGCUGCGCUUUCUGAGCGACUCAACGAGGAGCUUUGCGAGCUUCUCGUCACCAGUCGCAACAUUCUGGCAUCCACGCUGCGGAAACUUGUGGCAAUACAAAGCGGAGUAAUGGACGAUGACAAAUUCCGAGGGUCGGACCGGGGCAUCCCGUACUAUCUUGUUGACGCUUUCAAGCUGAUCGUCAUCUUCGUGUGUGCACUCCCGGAGGCGCUUCAUGAGCUACGGUGGUUCUACAAUGACUUUAAUCACAAUACGCAAGAUCUGACAUCGCUGAAAUUUCAGUCGCAAAGGACAGUAUUAGACAGACUCGGAGAGGUGAUGGGGGACCUAAUCCGGAAGGCGGAACGGACGCUCGUAUCACCGACAGGUCUGGCCAAGGAGAACAACGCGGAACACUUCAUGACGUCCGUUGGUCUCAAUUACUUGUCGCUUCAGAUCAUGUUUAAUCUAUUUCAACACCCGGUUCACAACAGGAAGAAGGUCUCUGAUCUCUUCACAGCAUAUGCAAAAAAGCUCGGGUCCGAAAUUCAACGCAAGCCUACCAAGAGGCAGAUUCCUCAAAUCGGCGCUCUGAGUAGCGAAUUGAACCUUCUCAAAGACAUCGUCGAACUACAGCAGGAAUACGUUCAGAGCUUCAUUGCAUUGAUUCUUCCGGAAACACUUCAUCCGCCACUGCCCAAAGACACGGCUAGAAUCAUCCUCUUUGGAAUCGAAAGUCAGCUCAUAAAAGAGCUUAGGCGCGCCGUAAACCGAGAGGACCAAAAUCUUGACGGGAUACUAGAGCUCUGUGUCGAUAUGAAGGGACUCGUAAGUGAGCUGACCGAGAUCAUGGCGGAUGAUCAGGGCCGAGCAGUAUUCGUCUUCACCGUCGUGACCGUCACCUUUCUGCCUCUCAGUUUUGUGGCAUCGUACCUAAGUAUGAGCGGCGGGACGGACGGCCUUGGGAUGGAGUGGGGCGACGUGCAGGCCCGUUUCUGGAUGGUCGCAGGGCCUUUGACAGUAGCCGUUGCGGCGUUCUGUUUCUUAAUUGCCGGGAGAGGAACCGUCGGAAGGCUGCUGUCUCGGCCGGCACAGCGCGUCCCUGAGGAAGAUGAUAUAGGCUCCGAGGGUUACGCUAGUGUACGGUCGGGAGGAAAGAGAUGGUGGCCGAGAUGGAGUUUCGGCAACCGUAGGAGAGUCAGCCACUCUGUAACCACCGGCUCAUCAUCAUCUAGGAGUGAGAUCGUAGAUGAUUAA